CUAUGCAUUCACAGGAGAGCAUGCCACCCGCUUUGGUUGUCUUAAUUUCCUGACAAACCUAAUCUCCAGCUUUAACUGAUCACCUCUUUCGGGUUACUCAUGAAUGUGGCUAACUCCCAACGAUGUAAACAUUCACUACAUGUGGUGAGCUGCUCUGAGUUGUCAUAUAUAGAGAUAAUCAAGUGGAUGAAAAAAAAUCAAUAUCGUGGGUACCAGAAUCCUAUCCUGUCAAUUUUAUUUUCUUCAUUAAGUCUGUUGGUAUUUUUUUCAAUGUGGACAUAAAUUAUCUUAAAACUAAUAUAACCUACCAAACCUAUAAGAUGGCCUCUUCAUUGAAAAAUAAAAUGGACUAGUACGUAAAUUGGACAUUACAUAUAUUCAUUUUUGGACUCAAUUUAUCUAUUUAAAAUUUUGCAUGCGGGCACAGACGUUUAUGUAUUUACUUGUUUCAAACUUCAUCCAUAAAUAGCAUCCAAUACCUCAUCACAUCAUGAUCAUAAACACGAGAAUGAGGUUGAGUCAUAAAUAAAGUAAUCACCAACUAAUGGAUAUCCUUGCAGUUUCUCAGAAUACACUCUGUGCCUUGGAUUCAUUAAACAAAUUAUUCACCAGACUGCAUCCAAUCUGUGCUGUCUUCUCAGAUUUGGGAUCACCCUUAUGCACUUAAUAUAAAAGAAAUUCCUCAGUUUUGCAGUCCUCAUUCUUCCAAGAAGCAACCUAUUGGAACAUCAAGUUGUUUCAGAUGAAGAGUUUCCUGCUUGUUGCGUACUGCCUGGUCCUCAGUUAUGCGGAUGACGAUGAAAUGUUUCCAAUGGAGAAGAGAGGCUCCCGCAAGCACUACUGUGGUCCAGAACUCAGAGGCACCCUCAUGCUCAUUUGUGAUGGCAUCUAUAAACGCAGUGGACCAGCUGACAGUAGUUCUGUGCACGAGGAUUGGAUGAUGCAUUUUAUGGGAAUGGAUGAUCUUGGCACUGCCAACAACUUCCCAUUCCAAUCUCGCACAAGGGCGUUCGCCAUGUUUCCCGGAUACUUGAGGCGACAAACGCGUGGCGUAGCGGACGAAUGCUGCUCCAAAGCUUGCACCAUCGCUGAACUCGCCACCUACUGUGGCCCUCGCCCCAAAUCUAAGUCUUAAACUGUAAUCAACAAUAAAAAUUUUUAAUUUCUGAUAUG